CCCAACAAACACAACUCAUUGCCCUCAAAAAAAAAAAAAAAAAAAAAAAAACACAACUCAUUUCCAUCUACUCUUCCGAUCUCCUCCCAGCUCCCAAACCUCGCGGAUUCUCAAGCGACGUUGUCAUCGUCCUCACCGGCCACCAUGAUCCGGUUCAUCUUGCUGCAGAACCGGCAGGGGAAGACGCGGCUGGCCAAGUACUACGUCCCGCUCGAGGACUCGGAGAAGCACAAGGUCGAGUACGAGGUGCAUCGGUUGGUGGUCAACCGAGACCCCAAGUUCACCAACUUCGUCGAGUUCCGUACACAUAAAGUUAUCUACAGGAGAUACGCAGGACUGUUUUUUUCUAUAUGUGUGGAUAUCACUGAUAAUGAGUUGGUAUACUUGGAAUGUAUCCACUUGUUUGUGGAGAUAUUGGACCAUUUCUUCAGCAAUGUGUGUGAACUUGAUUUAGUAUUCAACUUCCAUAAGGUUUACUUGAUAUUGGAUGAGUUUAUUCUGGCUGGAGAGCUUCAAGAGACAAGCAAAAAGGCAAUCAUUGAGAGAAUGGGUGAGCUUGAGAAGCUGGAUUAAGAAGAAACGGUGUAGUGGUGUACACUAGCGGGCUUGUGGCGAUAACUAAACUGAAGAGCGAAACCAAUUCCUUCCUCUGCCAUUUAUACAAUUCUUUGUAGCCGUUGUGUGAUCAGUAUCCGUGGUCUCUCUACCUUUCUGGAUGGUUGCUUGGUGAGGUUACUUGCAGAUUGUUCUGUAACUAGAUAACAUGGGGUUUUCCCUGCCAUCUGUGUGCAUUUGCUUAAAGUAACAUCAUAUAGUGGAAUAGUGGAUGUCGUCUUCUUUUCUUACCUUCCUGAGCUUAUAUGAUGGUGAUUUAGCAACAUACUCCCUCCAUCCGGAAAUAAGGGACGUGAAUUUGUAUAAAAAUCUAUACAAAUCUAAGUCACUUGUUUUGGGACGGAGGAAGGACAAUGUUUGAGGCUAUCUAGGUAAACAAUCGGAUGCAAUUGUAACAGUGACUGUUUUUUUUCUUUUAUUGAGAGAAAAUCUUUGUUCCA